UUAGGUCCAAUCCGCACAGGGCGGGGCCGCAGAGGGCCCGGCGCAGCGCCCUGGGGUUCCCCUUCCCGACGCGGGUGGCUGGGGCGGGACCCUGGGGAUCCGCGGCAGAGUCUGCGCGAGUCUGGCCGGGGCGGGGCCCGGCUGAGGCUUGGAGGGUCCGGGGCGCGGCGGGAGGGGGCGCCCGCGACCCUCCAAGACGCUCCGGCGGGGACAAAGGCGAGGGGAGCCCCCGCGCCCGGGGAGCCCGGGAGAGCGCCUUGCGCAGUGCACGGCCCCGGGCCUCUGUCCCGCGCCACGGCCGCCUCCCGCCGCCUGGUUUCUCGGCGCCCGCGGUCUCCGGCGGGGGCCGCGCGCAGAGGCGGGGCGGCGGGAUCUCCAAGCGCGCGGUGCUCCGCCCGCUCGGCGGCGGAGGCGGAGGCGGAGACGGCGGGGCCAGGCGGCGGCCGGAGAGCGAGCGAGCGAGCGAGCGCGGCGGCAGCACCGGGGCCAUGGCGCCCGCGCAGCGCCCGCUGCCGCUGCUGCUGCUGCUGCUGCUGCCGCUGCGUGCGCGCAACGAGGACCCGGCUCGCGCCAACGCUGACCGCUACGCAGUCUACUGGAACCGCAGCAACCCCAGGUUUCAAGUGGGUGCCGUGGGUGACGGUGGCGGCUACACAGUGGAGGUGAGCAUCAACGACUACCUGGACAUCUACUGCCCGCACUACGGGGCGCCGCUGCCCCCGGCCGACCGCAUGGAGCGAUACAUCCUGUACAUGGUGAACGGCGAGGGCCACGCGUCCUGCGACCACCGCCAGCGAGGCUUCAAGCGCUGGGAAUGCAACCGGCCGGCGGCGCCCGGGGGGCCCCUCAAGUUCUCAGAGAAGUUCCAACUCUUCACCCCCUUCUCCCUGGGCUUUGAGUUCCGGCCCGGCCACGAGUACUACUACAUCUCUGCCACGCCUCCCAACCUUGUGGACCGGCCUUGCCUGCGACUGAAGGUUUAUGUACGUCCAACCAACGAGACCCUGUACGAGGCCCCGGAGCCCAUCUUCACCAGUAACAGCUCCUGCAGUGGCCUGGAUGGCUGCCACCUCUUCCUCACCACGGUCCCUGUGCUGUGGACCCUGCUGAGCUCCUAGAGUCAGGCAGGACAGAGGACAGCAGCCCCACACGGGCCCUCGACCUUGGCCCUCGGACCCGCCGUGGCCACCUUCCAGACAAAAUCCUUGCUGCUUCUGUUUCAUGGUGCUGUCCCUCUGGAAGAGGCCGUCCACUCGCCCCGGGAGGCGACACUGGGACCUGAUGCCAGAGGAGGAGACCCAGGCUGAGCCACUUUCUCCACGGUCGCCAGAGAGCUCAAGGCCUCCCAGCAUCGUUUAGUUCAGUCAGAAAGACGUGAGGGUUUUCUGUUCAUUUAAUUUAUUCCCUGAUGUUGCUGGUGACGUUGGGACAGGCCAGUGGGCUGAGUGGGGCAGAGGGUCUCCAGCCGCCCAGACGGAGCCCACGGCGGACUUGCCUGCCUCGGCAGGGUGCAUGGUGCCAGCCCCUCACUCGCUGGGGCCCUGGGGGCCUCAUGGCCCCUCUCCUAGCCACUGUCCAGCCCCCCUCCCUCCGCCCGGGCCCCUCCACCAGGCACAACCGUCUCCAGGGCCGGGAAGACGUUUUAUUUCUGUAAAUAGAAGCCAGCAAAUGUGUACUGUGAUUUAUUUUAAUGUAUUCUUGAGGACAGAAUGGAAGUUCUUUCUAAAAAAAUUUUUUCCAGACCUUCGAUUCGAGGGGACUUUUAUUUUGUGGGAGGGAGGAGUGGGGUGGACUUUUUAGGAUAGAAACAACACUUCGCAAUAAACUCAUUUUUUUUGUCCGUUGGAGCCCUCCCCCCUCAAUCAUGUGACCUAAUAAUGUUUGUAAGGAAAAAAAAAAAAAAACAAAAAAAAACAAAAAAAAAGAAGGAUGUACUGAAAAGGAAGGAAGCUACCUACCAAAAAUACAGAAAAAGAGCAAAGGCCGAGUGAAGCUGGCCACACAACACGUUUCUACGGAUUUCGGAUUUCUACCCACCUUUCCUCACUCUGUGUUUUAUACAUAUUCUAUAUAAAUAUAUAUUGUGGAUGGCUGCCGUGGCUGGGGGGCUUUUGUAGGGGCGGGGAGACGGGUGGCCCGCCCAUCACAAUCAGCUUUGAAGUCUGUAUUUUUUUAUAAUAAAAUGAACAAGCUGUAA